AUGAUGAUGAAUGAACUUGGUUUACCCUCCAAAUUCAUUGGUUGGGUUAAGGCAUGUGUCUCUUCUUUAUCAUUUUCUAUAUUGAUAAAUGGUACCCCUUGUAUGCCUUUCAAUGCUAAGAAAGGACUGAGACAAGGGGAUCGUAUGUCCCCCUUUCUUUUUGCAAUUGGAAUGGAGUACUUAUCAAGAUGUCUUGACAGCCUUAAGCAUAAUCCAAAUUUCAAUUUUCACCCAAGAUGUGAGAGGCUUCAUAUUACUCACUUGAUGUUUGCUAAUGAUCUUCUAAUGUUUGCUAGAGCUAAUCAUAGUCCCCUUGAACUACUAUUUGAUGCUUUUAGUAAAUUUUCUUAUGCUUUAGGCCUUGUGGCAAACCUGGAGAAGAGUAAUUUGUACACUCCAGGUGUUACUGUGGAAGAGAAGAGUGAUUUGCAGCUUAUUGUUAAGAUGCCAAUAGAAUCUUUCCCACUUAAGUACCUAGGAGUUCCUCUUACAACUAGGAAACUCUUUUAUCAGAAUGCAAACCUCUCAUUGAAAAGACUGUUGCUUGAGUCAUGGCAUGGUCUGUUAAAAAGAUUUCCUACGCUGCUAGACUUCAACUUGUUGGCUCUAUUCUUAAAGGAUUCCAUCUAUAUUGAUGAAUCUUUGUGUGCUGUCUAG